ACUCUCAUUUAACCAUGAAAGAAAGCCUCGUUUCUUUUUCUUCUCUGAUAACUCGCUCUGUCUCUACCCCUGUAUUUGAGACCUGAAAUCCCAUUAAAAAAAAGUCUUUCUUGCGUUUUAUGUGAUACUUUUUACCAUCACAUUUAACAGGAAAAGAUUCCAGUUCAAGUGAGUUGAGAUAUGAGUUGCAACGGGUGCCGAGUCUUACGAAAGGGAUGCAGCGAGUCGUGUAUUUUACGUCCGUGUUUACAGUGGAUCGAGACCCCUGAAGCACAAGGCCACGCUACGGUUUUUGUAGCGAAGUUCUUUGGCCGUGCCGGUCUCAUGUCCUUCAUCUCAGCCGUUCCUGAAUCUCAACGUCCUGCUUUGUUUCAAUCUCUGUUGUUUGAAGCGUGCGGAAGAACUGUGAAUCCUGUGAACGGGGCCGUAGGGCUUUUGUGGACAGGAAAGUGGCAGGUGUGUCAGGCGGCGGUGGAGGCUGUCCUACACGGCCGCACGUUACACCCCAUACCGGAGCUCAUGAACGGUGGAUCGCUAACUCCGGCGUCGGACGAAGUGUCCGAAACUGAAGUAACUUGUACAGACAUGUGGAAGUUGAAGGACUCAUUACCUAAUUCUCACUCUAGGUUUUCCAGUUCAAGAUCUAAAGCAUCACCGAAACGCAAGAGAUCAGAGGAAGCAGCCACUGCAAAACUUGAAAGAUCAGAUCUGGAUCUUUGCUUAACACCAAGUCUGACAAACCUAGUAGCUUCGCCGUGUAAUAAACCAGAUAUUAUCAGACGACGGCCGGAAACUCCAUCGAUGAAUUCAGAGGAGUCAGUCAUCACCACAUGUUUCGCUGAAAGUGGAGUAGGAGAUCGUCCGUAUCUCAAUGACAAGAAGUUACUAAACUUGUUUGUUUGAAGAGCUCGGUGAACUUUUGUUCACCGCAAUUCUUAAAUUUUUGGAGAAUUUUGCCCGGAAUAUAUUAGAUUCCGGCGAGUUUUUGUGAAUUACCGGUUAAGGAUUCUCUUCAAAAUAUGAAGAGAGAAAUAUGAAUUAGUCGGUAAUGGUUCUCAAUUUCUUGUUUGUUUUAUUUUCUUCUUUGUGUUAUGUUACUGUGUAUUAAGGCACGAAUAAAAUGAAAUCAUUGGUGGGAA